UGCCAGCCAGCACCUAUCGAUGCAACGAUAACACCGCAUACAAGUGGCAACCCUGACUUGAUGCGUGGCUUAAAACGUGUAAAAAUAAUAGAAGAUUGCUAGUUCCGAGCACUGCAUUUAGUGUUCAGGUAGUCGAAUCAUACCUGCAGAUCAUCAGGUGGUCACCACUGUCCCAAGCAGGAGAUAGUCGUUAAAAGUAACGGGAAUUCGAACCGAGUUGGCCAGGCUAGCAAAGCACAAACAACACACACAACACCGAGUCACAACAAAAGUGUAGACCACAUUGAGCCGAAAGUCUGGCCUAAACCCCCCACAGUCACCACUCCGGCCAACAACCAACGAGGCGUGCGUGUGUUGGUGGCAUUGCUUCUGCCAUUCCCAAUUUCCAUUUCCAUUGGCAAUCCCAAGAAUUCCGAACGACCGCGUGUGUUCUGUGUGAGUGCGGGAGUAGUAAGAAGAAGCAGCUGAAGCAGUUUGAAGAAGGAGGGCGAAAGUGUGUCGUCGCGUGAAAAAAGCGAGAGAGAGAUUUUCAUCGGAGGAAACCACUGCGGAGGAUUACGGACUCACUGCAACGAUGGCCGCCCAGGAAAACACGGAGAUCAGCACAAAGUUCUCCACGCUGAACGUGAACGCGGUGGAAUUUGUGCCCAGUUUCAGUUACAACAGCGUUGUGAAUGUAGCUGAGGAGGCGGCGGCAGUAGUGGUUGCAGCGGCUGCGGCCGAGGAGACGGCGGAUCCGGGUCCCGCCUCCGGUUCAGCCACGCCAGCCACCACACCCGAUUCCGUCGGCAGCGGGGGAUCCACAGCGGGAGCAGCUCCACCGCCUUCAACUGCCCAGGGGGCGGGGGCAGCAGCACCCUCAGCACAGCCGCCCACAUCAUCCUCCAAUUCCGCAUCGCCAGCGCCGGGUUCGCCAGCCACCACGCCUUCAGCAGGAGCAGCGUCGGCGGCUCCAACGCCCAUCGAUGGUCUCAACCCCUCGGACAAAAUCGCAAACAAUGAAACCGAUCCCGCUGACAGCUGGGAUGUGGACGAUGCAGUGAUCACGCCCGAGGAUGAGGAGGUGGAAGAUGCUGAGUUCACGGAGGGUGAGGCCACGCCGAAGGUGUCCAAGAAGAAAGUGGUCAAGGUGGAGGAAAAUAGGAGCAAGCGUGAGCACGUGAAUGUUGUGUUCAUUGGCCAUGUUGAUGCUGGCAAAUCAACAAUUGGCGGACAGAUCAUGUCGCUCACAGGCAUGGUGGACAAGCGGACACUGGAGAAGUACGAGCGGGAGGCACGUGAGAAGUCGCGUGAGAGUUGGUACUUGUCCUGGGCGCUGGACACCAACCAGGAGGAGCGCGACAAGGGCAAGACCGUCGAGGUGGGACGAGCCUUCUUCGAAACGGACCGAAAGCAUUUCACCAUCCUCGACGCACCCGGUCACAAGAGCUUCGUGCCUAACAUGAUCGGUGGAGCGGCGCAGGCCGAUCUCGCAGUGCUGGUCAUCUCGGCGCGAAAGGGUGAAUUCGAGACGGGAUUCGAUCGCGGUGGCCAGACCCGAGAACAUGCCAUGUUGGCGAAGACCGCCGGCGUUAAGCAUCUGGUCGUGCUGGUCAACAAAAUGGAUGAUCCAACGGUCAAUUGGGAUCAGACGCGCUACAACGAAUGCAAAGACAAGAUACUACCAUACCUCAAGAAGCUGGGCUUCAACCCGGCCAAGGACCUUACCUUUAUGCCUUGCUCGGGCCUCAGCGGAUACGGGCUGAAAGACCAAAUCCCGGAGACGCUCUGCCCCUGGUACCGGGGACCCGCCUUCAUUCCGUUCAUCGACGAGCUGCCCUCGCUCAACCGCAAGUCUGACGGGCCUUUCAUCAUGCCAAUUGUGGACAAGUACAAGGAUAUGGGCACCGUUGUGAUGGGCAAGGUUGAGUCCGGAACAGCGCGCAAGGGUCAGAACCUGUUAGUGAUGCCAAAUAGGACGCAAGUGGCGGUGGAUCAGUUGUUCUCCGACGACUUCGAAGUCACUUCUGUUGGUCCCGGCGAGAACGUCAAGAUCAAGCUGAAAGGUAUUGAGGAGGAGGAUGUCUCGCCCGGAUUUGUUCUCUGCGAUGCAGCCAAUCCCAUAAAGACGGGAAAAAUCUUUGAUGCUCAGGUCGUAAUUUUAGAACACAAAUCAAUUAUCUGUGCGGGUUACUCGGCUGUCAUGCACAUACACUGUGCAGCCGAAGAAGUCACAGUUAAGGCCCUCAUCUGUUUGGUCGACAAAAAGUCUGGUGACAAAUCAAAAACACGUCCACGGUUCGUUAAGCAGGAUCAGGUUGCAAUUAUGCGAAUCGAGUGCUCCGGAAUGAUUUGCCUUGAACAGUUUAAGCUAUUCCCUCAAAUGGGCCGUUUUACGCUCAGAGAUGAAAACAAAACCAUUGCCAUUGGCAAGGUGCUGAAGGUGGUCGAAUAAAUUGAGCCUAGCUGAAUUCGAGCGCCCGCCUUUCAUUGCGAUUUUUGAGAUAGCAUUGCAAGCCCGACGAGAGAACACAGCCACAGCCACAACAACAGCAACGCCACGCCACGCUUUCUUCACAUUUGACAAAUUCACAAAAACAGUACUCAGCUACGCUCGAGCUCUCACUCACAUUACUUUCAACCAGCAAUAGCAAUUGAUUAUAGAAUCCAGAUCGAUACGGAACGGAACGGAACGGCAAUGUAGGCAGGCGAAAAGUUAAUUUACAACAAGGACGAGUUCGGAGAUAGAAACAGAAAUGCAUUAUAUACGAAUUAUAAACUAUAUUAUGUAAAACUAAGCCGCAAAAUCGGAGGAAUGCGAAACAAGAUGAACUAUUUAUAUAUGUAUACAAAACAAACCACUCACACGUAUAUAUGCAAAGAGAGAGAGGAUGAGUUGAAGAGGAGCUGCAUUGAUAACUGAUUAGGCACUAAAAGUUACUUGGAACGAUUUUGUUUGUUGAGCCCCUCUCGCAAGGAUAUUGAGCACUUGUCGCGUCGUCGUUUUCUUUUGGUUUACUACUUUGUAUAAACUGUAAGCAUUAAAUAGCAUACACGUGCAUGCCUAAAUCGCGCGCAAGACGUGAAUUUCUUUAAAAUACUAAAACUAAAGCUGCAAGCUACCCAAUUUUUGUAUAUGUAAGCAAAAGUACGAUCCCGAGACUCCUUUCCCCAUCCAGCUUCCUGUAUGCGCCUUUAAAUUGCAAAUUUGUUAAAUACCCCGCGAAAUGCAUUAAGAUAUUUCUGCUCUUCUUUUUAAAUGAUAUAAUCUAUAUGCUUUAAGUUAAGUUUAAGCUUAAAGAACAUGGAGUAAAGUCUGUAAAAGCAGAACGGAGAAAAUUCAACUGUACGGAAACAUUUAAUUGUUAAUCAUUUAAAACUAUUUGAUUUUGCCAAUUAAAACACAUUUGAUUUUGUAUAAUUUAGUUAAUUGAAGAAUUCGUGCGAGUUGAUCACGAAAUCCCAUAUAUGAAAAAAUAAAAUGCCUUUUGCUACCGAGCAGAAACAAAAACACAAA